GUUCCUCUUCGUCCUCCCUCAGAGACUGGGGGGUCUCCUGCCUCAAUUUCCUCUCCAGUACCCGCGAGGUGGGUGCCCCAGUGCGGUACCCCAGCCUCCUCCCAGCUCGCGGCACCUGCCCCGCCUUCCAGCCCCGGGCCGGCUCGCGCGGCGCAGGCGCACCGGCCGCGGCCCCGAGGCCGAGCCCGACCUCAGCAGCUUCUGCCUCCGCCUCCUGCGACCGUAUCUGCGCGGGGCUAGUCGGCGGUCACCGAGACCGCGCUGGGCAGAGGCCCCGCGGGCCGCGCGUCGCCAUGGGCGCGGGCUGGAGCAGCGAGGAGGAGCGGCAGCCCCUGCUGGGGCCCGGGCUCGGGCCUGCGCCGGGGGCUGUCUGGAGAAGCCGGGAGGCGGCGGCGGCGGCGCUGCCCGCGGCGGCCCCGGGUCCCGGGCGGGUGUACGGGCGCCGCUGGCUGGUGCUGCUGCUCUUUUCGUUGCUGGGCUUCGCGCAGGGCCUGGUCUGGAACACCUGGGGCCCCAUCCAGAACUCGGCGCGCCAGGCCUAUGGCUUCUCCAGCUGGGACAUCGCGCUGCUCGUGCUGUGGGGACCCAUCGGCUUCCUGCCGUGCUUCGCGUUCAUGUGGCUCCUGGACAAGAGAGGUCUUCGGGUAACUGUGCUUCUGACAUCCUUCCUUAUGGUUUUGGGAACUGGUCUAAGAUGCAUACCUGUAUCAGACUUAAUGCUUAAAAGAAGACUAAUCCACGGAGGACAGUUGUUGAAUGGAUUGGCAGGCCCAACGGUGAUGAAUGCAGCUCCGUUCCUCUCUACGACGUGGUUUUCUGCCGACGAACGGGCCACUGCCACAGCCAUCGCAUCCAUGCUCAGCUAUCUUGGUGGAGCAUGCGCGUUUUUAGUGGGACCCCUUGUUGUUCCAGCCCCCAAUGGGACGUCACCUCUUCUUGCUUCGGAAACGAGCAGGACCCACAUUAAAGAUCUCAUAGAGACUGUAUUGUAUGCAGAAUUUGGAGUUGUCUGCUUACUAUUUUCUGCAACACUAGCUUAUUUCCCACCCCGGCCUCCACUUCCUCCCAGUGUUGCUGCAGCUAGCCAGCGGCUGAGUUAUCGGCGGAGCUUUUGUAGAUUAUUAAGCAACAUGAGAUUUUUGAUGAUUGCUUUAGCGUAUGCCAUACCACUUGGUGUAUUUGCUGGUUGGUCUGGAGUUCUGGACUUAAUUUUAACACCAGUGCAUGUCAGCCAGGUAGAUGCUGGCUGGAUUGGAUUUUGGUCCAUAGUUGGAGGCUGUGUUGUUGGAAUAGCUAUGGCAAGGUUUGCAGAUUUUAUCAGGGGUAUGCUGAAACUAAUUCUUCUCCUCCUGUUUUCUGGGGCUACCCUCUCAUCCACGUGGUUCACCCUGACCUGUUUGAACAGCAUCACUCACCUGCCUUUAACCACAGUGACAUUGUAUGCCUCCUGCAUUCUCCUGGGAGUGUUCCUGAAUAGCAGUAUACCUAUAUUUUUUGAGCUUUUUGUGGAAACUGUCUACCCAGUUCCAGAAGGAAUUACUUGUGGAGUUGUCACUUUCCUAAGUAAUAUGUUCAUGGGAGUACUUUUAUUUUUUCUCACAUUUUAUCACACAGAGUUGUCUUGGUUCAACUGGUGCCUUCCCGGGUCGUGUUUGCUCAGUCUCCUCCUCAUUCUGUGCUUCAGGGAAUCAUAUGACAGACUCUAUCUUGAUGUGGUUGUCUCGGUGUAAUAGCACAGACGUGAAGGAGUUGAAAGAGGGACUGGAAGUCGUACCGCACAUUUGCUUGGAGUUGCGCACCUAACAGGAGAAAAAAAGGAGAAGAGAGAAACUUCACUCAGCGGUGUUGUUAGGUUACAGAUGAUGGCGUUCAUUUCAUGACUACUAGGUAAUAAUAACGCGGGACCGGAGGGAUUGCAGGGGAUCGAAAGACUAUAAAACGGCACACCCGUGCCUGGUUCUGGGACUGGAAGUGUGGGUAGCUUACACAGAAAGCACUACCCGAAUAAUGUCCUCUAUGUUUUGUGCCAGUGCUAAACUACUGAUUGAUUAAUUGUAAUUAUGGAAAGAAAUAAAGGGUAUCUGUCACAUACCUUACCUAAGUCACAUAUCAGAAUAGGAAGAAAUGCCACUAACUUCUAAAGAAGUUUUAAACCUUCGAUCAGAUUUUAAUUAUAAAGUAGCUACAAGGUCUGUUGAUGAUAAAAAUUAGCCACGUGUACACUACGUUUUUUUCUAAUAAAGCCAUUUCUUAUAUGA